CCCGCGGGCCGCGGAGCGGCGGCGCAGUCGCGGGGCGGCGGCGGCCAUCAUGUCGCGGGAGUUCGAGCUGUGCCCCGGGCGUCGCAUCGGCGGCGAGCAGCCGUGCUUCAUCAUCGCGGAGAUCGGGCAGAACCACCAGGGCGACCUGGCGAUCGCCAAGCGCAUGAUCUGCAUGGCCAAGGAAUGUGGAGCGGACUGUGCCAAGUUCCAGAAGAGUGAACUGGAGUACAAAUUCAACAAGAAAGCCUUAGAAAGGCCCUAUACCUCUAAACACUCCUGGGGAAAGACCUAUGGGGAGCACAAGCGCCACUUAGAGUUUAGUCAUGACCAAUAUAGAGAGCUAAAGAAAUACGCAGAGGAAAUUGGCAUUUUCUUCACAGCUUCUGGCAUGGAUGAGAUGGCAGUGGAAUUUCUACAUGAACUAGAUGUUCCGUUUUUCAAAGUAGGAUCAGGAGAUACAAACAAUUUUCCAUAUUUGGAAAAGACUGCAAAGAAAGGUCGCCCAAUGGUGAUUUCCAGUGGGAUGCAGUCAAUGAAUACCAUGCAUCAGGUCUAUCAGAUCGUGAAGCCCAUCAAUCCAAACUUUUGCUUCCUGCAGUGCACCAGUGCAUACCCACUUCAGCCAGAGGAUGUCAAUCUCCGUGUUAUAUCGGCAUAUCAGUCGGCUUUUCCCGAUAUCCCCAUUGGCUAUUCGGGGCAUGAAACUGGCAUAGCCAUUUCAGUGGCAGCUGUGGCUAUGGGUGCUAAAGUAGUGGAACGCCAUGUGACUCUUGACAAAACAUGGAAAGGAAGUGACCACCAAGCAUCCCUGGAGCCAAAUGAACUGGUAGAGUUAGUGAAAGCCAUCCGUACUGUGGAAAAAGCGAUGGGCUCUCCAGUCAAACAACUCCUGCCCUGUGAAAUGGCUUGCAAUGAAAAGCUGGGAAAGUCUGUUGUGGCGAAAGUGACAAUUCCUGAAGGUGCAGUACUGACACUUGAUAUGCUGACGGUGAAGGUGGGAGAGCCUAAGGGAUUUCCCCCAGAAGCCAUCUUUGAUCUGGUGGGCCAGAAGGUUAAGAACAAAAUUGAAGAAGAUGAAACCAUCACUGAGGAAGCAGUGGAAAAUCAUUUCAAGAAAGUGAAGUGCUAAACCAAAGCACUCCAUUCCAUUUUCAUUAUAUAGUACUGCACUACUGCACAACAUAUUUAAGUAUAGCAGCAUGGUAGAUUAGAAGAGGUGUAAUUAUGAAGAUCCAAGCAGGUUAGAAUUUUCAGGUUCUCAUUAGUGGAAGUUCUGAGGCAAGUGGAUCUAAAUGAUGAAGAGUAAUUUUGUUAGAAACCGUAUAGAAUUAUGUCUAGAAAAUAACCAUGCUCCUCCUUUCUCCAUUCCACUUAACCUAGAUUAAUUUGGAGUUUUGUCAAACCUAAGACCACAGUCUGCUGCUUUCCAGCUUCCCUUUUCUGUUAAUAAUACAGUAAAUCACAAUAACUUUAUCUGCCCUUUGAACUGUUCUAACCCCAUAUCUUCUGAUGUUCCUCUCUUUUAUGCUGUUUUCCUUACCCUUACGCCAACAGGAUGCUAGUUGCAGUUGAAUGCAGAUGAGUGAAAGUUUACAUACACUGAACAGAAGACUACACAUGCAACCCGAUGGAUCUGUCUCAAGAUGAAAGCCUUAGGAUAAGGAGUCUCAAGAUAAAGCAGUGGGUUGCAGGAGUCUGCGCUCUGGGGAAAAUGAGGUGCUUGAGAAAGCUAAGUUCCCAAGAGACAGCACCAAGAAAGGAAGCAAACUGGAUAUGUAGAAAGGUCCCAUUUAAGGGUCAAGAGAAAGAUUAAGGGAGGAAAAGUAGAUCUGGGAUGGGUCAGUGGAAAUAAACUUAACCAAUGCUUAAAAACAAAUGUCAAAAGCAUCUGUUGUUAGCGGAGUGAUGCCUGGAAUGUUAAAUCACUUCUGCAAUUCAUUUGGGUACCUGUUUGUACCUGGGCGCAACCUCUCAGUUAGGAGGCCAAAUACUUGUGAAUAUUCAGCAGCCUUAUUCCUGUACUAACAAGAAAAUACAUUGGAUUUGCUCCCCACCCCCCGACACUGGCGGUUUAGGCAGCUAAGGCUGGCAGCUUGACUAGAUCACAUCACUGUGCUCCAGCGUGACUGUCAGUGCUCCUCUUGUGUGUUCUGCUCUUGCAUCACAGCUUCUCGCUUUUCAAGAAAUGCAAUUCCACUCCUGUCAGCUUGCUGCUCUUCCCUUUGUCCAGGAAGAAGCCAUAUGGCAGCAGCUGCAAACCAAACAUCCCUCAAUUAGCUUGGUUAGCAUAGAACUUAAAACUGCUUUGCUAUAAUUCUGCAUUUUUCUGUGGUGGAAUCAUUUACUAGUGACGGUUAUUGGGAACUUGCUACCUCUUUGUCUUGAGUUGGUGAAGUAUUUUGAAUUUGGUGGUGGUGUCUCUGUAUUUGUGAGCUGUUAACUUUUAAUAUGUUUACCCUUCUGCAGUUCUGAGGAAACUGCCUUUAUAUAGGAUACAUAUAUAGGAAGCAGAGAUUCUUUGAAUCAUGUGCUUGACUGUAUGUGAGCUCUGACUGAUGCAGUGUGCUUGCCUUACAUUAAAAAACUACUCAAUUGUUGAA